GCUGCAGCUCCUUUGAACAUUAUGGGGAUUUGAAGGAGGGGGAGAAGGGACCAAAGCACAGGGACCUGGCGUCGUUCUCUCGGCAUCUCUUGCGCUGCUGCGAGGCUGGAGAGGACCAUGCGACACCUUACACCAUGGCGAGCUCUGCUCCUUUUAACCGCGCUGUGCCGACCGGGCAUCUCAGACAAAUACGGUUGCCUGUUUGAGAGAAAACUAUGCACAAGGGCUCAGUUCUGCUCAGAUGACGGACUGUUUGGUCAAUGUCGCAGCUCUAAGCAGGACCAGGUCCAGUACCAGGUGUCAGUUCCGGUUCUGAAGAGGAUGCAGGAAGUCCUGAAACAGCUCAUGCUACAAGGCCUUUCGUGGCAGGAUGACAUCACCCAGUAUAUUUUAUCAAAGGAGCUGAAGAGAGUUCCCCACAUCACCCACCCCUCUAAGCCAAACUCCCCUUCCUCCCCUUCUCAUUCACCUCAGUCUAAACAGCACAUCCCCCAUCACCACAGUUCUAAAUCUGGGUCCACACCUCCUAGUGGCAACUAUGUGGACUACAUGAUCGUUGAGCCUCAUCAGUCCCAGUUGCGAAUGCAGACAGCAUCCAUGGACCCAUACACAUACCACCAGCAUAGGUACCAAGAUGAAGUAGAGGGAUCUCUCUUAGGGACAAGAGGCAGCUAUGCCCGCCCGUCUUCAAGGUCCCAGGCCAAUCAGAGAGAGCGAGAGCGUGGCAGGCAGCUGCUACAGGAACCCUUGUCUCUCUACCUUGCAUCUGCACAGCCCUCAUAUCGCCACCGGGGGGGUGCUUCCAUGGCUCCUGCAGGUCUGCCUUACUAUGAGGACUUGGAACUUGAGAUACCAGUGGACUAUGUGGAAGACUACAACCUAGAGGAGAGACUUACUGCAGGCAGACAGCAAAUGCUGCAGAAUAAGAAGGUUCCUCAGGACUUCAGCACUCUGUCUGGAAACAACGAUGGCUUGCUCCAGAGGAUGUCAGGAGUCUUGCAGCGGUAUGGAGUUGACCCCAGAGAGGUCAGUCAAGAGCAGCUCUUCAAGCUAGCCCUCAUACUGCAACUUCUGCAGGCCCAAGACAAAACAGAUCCAAUUGAGAAAGACCUCAUCACCCUCAAGGAGAAGCAGACGUUAAAAACAGACAGCGGGUCAAAGAAGCCGCAGAGGCCUGAUGCCCCUCCUGCCCCCUCCUCUGCCUCAGUCCCAGUUACACCUCCAGUCAAGAGCGCCAGCCUUCCCCCCUCUGCCUCCCAGCCUCCUCAGGCCGCUCCUGCAGAAGCUGGACAAGGCUUGAAGGAGCAGGGACUGCCACUGGUUGAGGGUACGGGAGCCAAGGAGGAGUAUGGGUACAUUGUCACCAACAGGAGUCCCCUGAGUCUGUAUGAUGGAGUGAAGCUGUUGGAACUACUGGCUGAUAAGAUACACCUGACAACCAGCAGCUUCAUCAACAUCAGUGUGGUGGGUCCGGCGCUGACGUUCCGUAUCCGCCAGAAUGAACACAACAUGACGGCUGCAGAGGUGGCUGCUAAAUCUGUAUCUGAAAAGAACUUCCUGGAGUCUCAGACAGGGCUGAAGAUUGUACAGACUGGUGUGGGAGAGAGGACAGAUGUACGGGGUCUCCCUCAGGUAACCAGGGUUUCCCAGGGUUCCAGUGGGACGGUUAUCACCCUUGUUUCCAUGGCAAUCGUAGGAGGUGUGCUGGUAUUGGCCAUGGCCGUAGCUUGUUUCAGGCACUAUGCCCAGCAAGUGGCCAAUGGCAAGCUUGGCCUGGGUCCAGAGGGAGGAGCAGAAACACACUUUGACUACCAGGAGCUAUGUCGGCAGCACAUGGCGUCCAAAUCGUCCUUGUGCCGCCAGGACUGUGUGGGCGGGGUGACCGGCAGCAUGGCGGGGUCUGCCACGGGUACGGGCGCUGGUGGUCGACGGGGUACAGACACAUCUCGCGUCAGCAGCGUUUCCUCCCAGUUCAGUGACGGUCCCCAGCACAGCCCAUCCUCCACCCACAGCUCUACCCCAUCCUGGAGCGAAGAGCCAGCCCAGUCUAACAUGGACAUCUCUACUGGUCACAUGAUACUGGCAUAUAUGGAGGAUCACCUGCGUAAUAAGGACCGCCUUCAGAAGGAGUGGGAAGCUUUGUGUUCCUACCAGGCUGAACCCAGCUCCGUAGCUGUGGCUCAAGUCACAAGCAACAUGGACAAAAACAGACACGCUGAAUCCCUCCCCUAUGAUCACUCUCGGGUGAAGCUGAAGACUGAAGUAAACCCCAGCAAACAAGAUUACAUCAACGCUAGCAUCAUUUUUGAUCAUGACCCUCGCCAACCAGCUUAUAUUGCCACCCAGGGACCUCUGCCCCACACUGUCGUUGACUUCUGGCAGAUGGUGUGGGAGAAUGGCUGCACGGUGAUAGUGAUGAUGACAGCCCUGGUGGAAGAUGGAGAGAAGCAGUGCGAGCGAUACUGGCCUGAUGAGGGCUCAUCACUCUACCACAUCUAUGAGGUGAACCUGGUGUCAGAGCACAUCUGGUGUAAGGACUUCCUGGUGCGUAGUUUCUACCUGAAGAACGUCCAGACACAGGAGACCAGAACCUUGACGCAGUUUCACCUGCUGAGCUGGCCGGCUGACGGCAUCCCCACCUCCACGCGACCGCUGCUCGACUUCCGCAGGAAGGUGAAUAAAUGCUACAGAGGUCGUUCCUGCCCAAUCAUCGUUCACUGCAGUGAUGGCACUGGCAGGACUGGCACGUACAUCCUCAUUGACAUGGUGCUGAACCGCAUGGCCAAAGGAGUGAAGGAGAUUGACAUCGCAGCCACACUGGAGCACGUCAGAGACCAGAGACCUGGCUUGGUCCGCACCAAGGACCAGUUUGAGUUUGCGCUGACAGCAGUAGCAGAGGAGGUGAAUGCCAUCUUGAAAGCCCUGCCACAGUGAACUGCAGCAGCUGAGGACACACUGGGGACAUGCAGACAAAAAUAAAAAGUACACGCUCCAAAGGAUACACUCGUGGCAUCCAGUCAUGUGUGUCUGGCCAUCACUGUAAAUUAAAAUUUGCUCUACCACACUUGUUUUCAGCAUGCAGUAUUUUACCAUCUACUCAUUCUCUGGGUUUUUAAAAGUUUUGGAACUUAGUGCAUUGAACGAUGAGGGUGUAAAUAUGAGCAGGGGAUAGUUUUUUCACCAUUAUGGCACAAAUCUGUGUUUGUGCUCUCUGAAAUGUCUACCUAAUUAAACAACAAUGAGGCCAUCAGACGUGAGCUAAGAAGAGUAAGGAGGUGCAUAUUCUGCGCUGGUGUGAAUCCAGGUGAAACUUUUGCCUGAGUACAGAAAAGGGAGCCAUUUGCUGUCUGGUCAUACAGUCAGAGAGGACAGACUACACCUCUGUAUGACCAUAAUGACAUAUUGAAUUUUCUUACUGCCAUUUGAUUCCAUCUUUGCCUGAUCUACCCUUUUACUGGAUAUGAUGACAUGAUUACCUCAAAUGAUUAACCAACAGAUUAUUUACGACCAACACUGACGGGUUUGUUUUGGCUGUUCUGUUGAACAUUACAAUCUUCUUUGCCUAAUGUUAAAAUAAUGUCGAGUUGCUUCAAACUUCUAACACAUCCAUCUUACUGAUAUACAGUAAGGUUUUUCUCCAUUUAACUCCCUGAGUAUGGUGUUAUGUGUCCACCAGAAUACUGUAUGCUAUCGUCUAGUGUGUGUCGAUUUCCAGAAAAUUUUAUUUGUGAGGCUUGUCUUUGCCUUGACAACAUGAUUGUUUGCUUUAAGCACUUGCCAUUUUGUAAAAGAUGCUGUACUGUAGAUUGACCACAAAGUACACAUCUCACACACAAACACACACACACACACACACACACACACACACACACACACACACACACAAAGUAACUUUGAUAGGGUUCUUUUUUUGUCUUACUCAGUGUCCGCCCUUGUGAUUAAUGCAAAUAAUUCAUUCUGAUGAUUGUGUUUAUUUCAUGUAGCAGACUAAUAGAAAAUAUCUAUAAAAAUGUAUUUUUGACUAGACAUUAAUAAAUUUGUGAUGUGAU